AAGUAGAGCAACGGCCUCCCGGAGCGACCGACGACCAUCAGGACAGCGCUGAAUAAAGGGUGAAUCCACACCAGCCAGGCUCCUCCUCCAGACCGCCGUGACCGUGGAUGGAAGUGGCGGUGUCGGGAGACAUGGGACCGGAGAGAAUCUUGCCAAACUCGGAGGACGACCUGGGUCAGGAGCGGCCGUCGGACGGAGCAGUUCACGACGUGGUGGGUGUGGGCGGGGAGUGGAGCGGGGAGGACGGCGAUGAGGAGGAGGACGGAGGAGAGGGAGGCGUCGAGGAAGAGGAGGAGAACGCAGGGUACUACUACCAGCCGUUGAACCAGGACCCUGAGGGGCCGAACGGGCUGGAGGCAGGGGACCCCCACGCCGAGCAGAUACUCGAGGUCCAGGACCGGAUAGAGUCGAUGGGCCUGCACCUGCCCCCCCCUCCCGACAGUGAUGAGGAGGUGGAGCCAGAGGGGGAGGUGGCCGAGCGAAGCCACGCCUCCAUCCCCAUGGACCAAGACCAUGUGGAGCUGGUGAAGAGGACCAUGGCCGCCAUCGCCCUUCCCACCCUGGGGGUCCCGGCCUGGGCCCAGGCCAUCUCCGACGACCAGUGGACCCACAUGGUCCAGCACACCCUGCACACCCACCAGAGCAGCUCCGCCCUCCGCGGCCUGCCGGACGGGGACCCCGACCUGGACCCGGACCUGGACUGAACUAUGAACCCCCCCCCCCCCCCCUCCCCUUACCGGACUGUGACCUCCGUGUGACCUUGGCUAGGAACCCCGCUGACCUCUGGGAGAGAAGACCCAGCCUGUCGGGGAACCACCUGUGUUUAGAACCAGUUCGACUCCAGUUUAAACCAGUUCAGCUCCGGUUUUAAGCAGGUCGCAGCUGUUUCAACCAAUCCAAUUCCGAUAAGGUUUAGACCGUAUCAAGUCUGAGCUGGUUUGAACCAGUUGAAACCGCGUAUUCAACCAGUUUUAACCAGGGCUGCUAAAACCAGUUUAGACUGGCAUGGAUCCUGUUUAAACUAGUUUGCUGUUGUGCCACUGAAGCCCCUGUGAGCUCUAGGUGUUCCCAGUGUGUUGGUGUGUAGUGAUGUGCGUCCUGUCCUCUGACCCUGCAGCUCUGUGGUUAGGCUGUUUAAAUAAAGUUUUAUUGAGUGAACUUGACAAAAACUGGACCCUUAACAGUAAACUUGCAGAACUCAUCCAGAGUGGUCGGACAGAUGUCGUCAUGGUGAUGUUAUGAUGGUUGAAAUCCGACCAAUCAUAUGAUCCCGACCUGGCGCCGCCCAGUCAGAGGUCCGGGUCCAGGAGGUUUCUGCUGCUCUUCCCGCCCUUUAACCAACCAAUCCCAUAACCGAUCCGUCUCUGAACCAAUCAGAACCCUUGGUUCCCUCCCCCCUCUCUGUCUCCUACAUUCCACCCAGACGCUUCUGUGAGUUACAUUUGAUUGUUUUUAACUUUGUUCCUUUUUAUUGUCAAUACAGUACAACUAAUCAAUACAAUGCCGUCGUCAAUACUCUGAGGAGCAGGAGGAGGAAACGACAGCGCGGCGACGUCAGACCUCCUCUUAAUUCAGCUCCUCCGUACAAAAGCUUCCUCUGCGUGUGAUGCUCUACUCUAUUAAAGGACUCUGAUGUACUCGUGUGGGAGUGGCUUACAUGGUGCUGGCUGGGGUUGGGGACAGUCGUCUUGAUUUGAAAAUGGUGCCGUCUCUGAAGCUCCUCCUCCCCAGCUGGGGCGACGCCCCCCCCUGCGGAGGACAGGAGCCCGGCGGGACCGCAGGGGGUCCCGAUCACAUGACCCUCAUUGCAGCGCACUAACAGAACUCGGAUUCAUCCGCCUGUCAAGCCCUUUGAGACGGUAAUAGGGAUUCAGGGCUAUACAAAUACCAUCGAAUUGAAUUGAAACUUUAAACGCGGACGUUGCAACAGCUUCAGGCAUACGGGGCGCAUCCAAUAAAAUAAUAACACCAGAUUACUAUUUGGAUUACUAUGUGUCCGGCCCAGCGAGCAGCCAUUGGUUCGGUCGGUUUACCCUC